CUCAUUUCCGCAAGAAUUUAGUUUCCAUUUCACGGCGCACGCCUUCCGCGCCUUCCGCCCCACGCUUUUUCCACCGCCGCUUAGAGAGAAGCGGGUAGCAGGAUCUCAUCUUCCAGUCAAGUGUACAUCAUGCUGGGCACUUCGGCACUGACAAAAAGCCAUCAGCCAUGAAGGACGACGAAUUCGGAAGAUCCGCCACCAUGGUCUUUGAAAAGUCCUUGACGGCCAUGGUCAAGGGCAUCCGCGCGCAUCGCGGCAACGAGUCCGAAUAUAUCCAGGCCUGCAUCACGGAGAUUCAGAAGGAGGUCGCCUCAAAAAACAUGAGCACCAAGUCCAUGGCUGUCCUCAAGCUGGCCUAUCUCACCAUGCUGGGCUACGACAUGGCCUGGGCCACCUUCGCAGUCGUGGAGGUCAUGGGCACCAAUCGCUUCGCAACCAAGCGGCCUGGGUACUUGGCGUCCAGCAUUUCCUUCACGGAUCAGACGGACGUGGGACUGUUGACCAUCAACCUCUUCAAGAAGGACUUUGGUUCCCAAAGCCAAUACGAGAGUGGCACGGCCAUCAAUUGCUUGAGCAACAUUUGCUCCGCUGAGAUCUCGCGUGACAUCAUGACAGACCUCCUAUCCCUUUUGAGCUCCUCGCGGGCGUACUUGAGAAAGAAGACGGUGCUAUGCCUCUAUCGGAUCUUCCUGAAGGAUCCUCCAGCCUUGAGGACGUGCUUUCCGAAGCUGAAGGACCGGCUGGGAGAUGAAGAUCAGGGAGUGCUCACGGCCACCGUGAAUACCUUCUUGGAGCUUGCACGGAAGAAUGCCAGGAACUAUCUGUCGCUGGUUCCGCAGCUGUACCACAUUUUAGUGAAUACCCAAAACAAUUGGCUCUCGAUCAAGUUGUUGAAGGUCUUUCAGCUCCUUUCGCCCCUGGAGCCGCGCUUGCCCGCCAAGUUGGUGGAGCCUCUGACGAACAUUUUGAACACCACGAAGGCGCAGAGCGUCGAGUUCGAAGCCAUUCGCUGCGUGGUGCGGUCGAUGCCCGAAGGCAGCGCGAUCGUGGCCUUGGCCAUCGAAAAGCUGCAGACCUUCUUGAACUCCUCCGACCGCAAUUUGAGGUUUCUAGCUUUGGACCUGUACAAAGAAGUCGUGGAGAAGUUCAAGGAGAAGACCUCUUUGAAAGAUCUCCACGACAAGGUCUUAACCUCCAUCGAGGAGCCAGACCUCACGGUGCGUCGUGUCGCGCUUCAGCUCCUGGAUCGCAUCGUCGAUCCUUCCAACUUCCAGGAGGCAGUCCAGAGGCUUUUGGAAUUCAGUCGCAAGGCCACGCUGAACGAUGAGUUUAUUGGCACGAUUUUGCGCAUGGCUGCGCGUGAUCGCUACGCACUGGUGGAGGACUUCGCCUGGUACCUUCUGAUCCUGGGCGAAAUCAGUAGGAACAUGGACUCCUCCUAUGCUGCCACUGUGGCGGAGCAGUUCGUGGACAUUUGUGUCAGAGUGCCCCAGGUGCGGCCCUAUGCCGUCACACUGGCCUUGGGUCUCCUGGACACGCCCGCCGAAGCUGAACGGGACUCCAUCUCCGUGUGCACGCCGAUGGUGGCGGCGUGCGCGUGGCUCCUGGGCGAGUACAGUGGAGACCUCGAAAAGCCCAGCGAGGCCGCCUUUCUGAGUGGCGCCAAGGUGCUCCUCACCAGCCGAAGCAUCCAGGCGUUAGACGCCGCGACGCAGACACAGUGCAUUUGGGCUGCAAGUAAACUCUACCUCGCUGUCCCUGAGCACGCUCCCUCCACCGUAGCACAGCUGCACGAGCUCUUGUGUUCCCAGUUGCCGUCCUUUGUGCGCUCCACGCAUCUCGAUGUCUCCGAGCGAGCGAGGCUGGCGUUGAACAUCGCCAACUUCUACAAGGCUGAUGCCCAGAGCUUGCAGAGUGCCAAGGGCUUGGUGGCCGAGCAGCUCUUGCCCGUGAAGCCUGACGCGCAGGCGCAGGUCCCGGUUUCGGUUGAUCUGGACGAGCCCUUCUUCGUGAUCGAGGAGGCACGGCCGAGCUUCAUGCCUGUUCGCGCGGAUCCUACGGAUCCCUAUUCCUUGGCCUCCACCUACAAGGACGAUUUGGGCUUCGCGUCGGAGCCCAACCGGGCGGAGGCGCCGCAAAGCACGGCGCAGGGAGUGCCCAGUAGCUCCAUGUACUACCUGGGCAAGUCCGACGAGCGCGCCGCCGCGGAGCAGGCACAAGAGCCGUCCGUGCCUGAGGUGAAAGAUCCCUUGGCGCAGAUGCGCGAACGCCUGGAGGCGCAGCGCAACGCUGGAGCGCCCAAGUACCAGGUGAUGCGUGACGAUGUGACGGCACCUGGAGCGACACCGACACCUGAUGCUGGGCAGGUUCCUUCCUCCUCGAGCACAGCCACUUUGCCAAUCCCUCCAGAGAAGGAGCUCACGGAUCUUCAAGGGCGCUUGUGGACCGUGUGCCAUCGUGGUGAACAUUUAGCCGUUUAUGUGUGCAUCCGCUCUCCGAACCUCAGGAAGCGCCAGAUCCGCCUCGAGCUGCGCUGCGAGCGCCUCUGCGCGCCGGAGCUGCUGGUCUCUGACGUGGCACUACGAUUUCCAAGUGCAGCUCAUGUUCAGGAGGCGGAUGCCUCGGGGCGGAUGCUGGUGGUGGGGAGUCUGCAGGAGCGCUCCUCCAAGGUGAAGGCCAACUUGGAUAGCGCGCCCUUCCUGUGGCCUGGUGUCUUUGACCUGCGCUGCGAAUUGGAAUACCUGGUGAAGAGUGCCAGUUCUGAGGCAGCAGAAGCUCAGAGCUUGCCCAUCCAGCUUCGCUUUCCAGCCACCACCUUCCUGGCGCCACAGCCAAUGUCAGAGGAUACCAUCUCUGACUACGUCUCCUCGAAGUCGGAUCUCCUUGGUCAUCAGACUGCCCAGGCCUUGAGCUUCGAGAAGACAGCAGAUCUGUCAAGCCUGGUGGGGAGGUGCGCGGGUCUUUGCCAUUUCCACGGCAUACAGCAAGCAGUCUCACCUCAGAGUCAGGACAUGAAGUUCCUGCUGGUUGGGGCAGUGCAACCUCCCAGUGCGGCAACUCUCGAGGGCCAGCGGGCAGCUCCAACUGGGGCAUUGGUGAUUUGCAGAUGUGCAGCUUUGGUAAGGCCCUCGGGGCUUGAACUCCGCAUCACCGUGAAGGCCUUCCAACAGG